GAGAGAGGGAGGGGCCGCCCGUCACAGGUAACGAUGCACCUAGUGAGCGUCCUUUCCUCAGGCGCCAACUGGCGUCUCCGCGCCGCUGCCGCCCACCUCGCGCCGAACCACGCCCUGAGAUUUGGGCGGGUAGCGAUGGGGGGAAAAACAGGCAACCUAAGAGUUAUUACCGUUAGCAGCGAAGACUGCGACUAACGUCAACGACGGACACUGCGUCUGCCUUCGCUUCCGCCUCGUGGCCCCGGGAACCGGAAAUCCGUCUGCCCCGUGUCACGUGCUUAGGAGCCAUAUUGGCGCUGGUGGCUGCUGGGGCUGGGAGGGGGAAUGCUAGAGAGGCGCAGCUUUUCUGGGCGUGGUUUUUAUCCUGGGGGAAGGAUCGGUGCAAUGUGAGGGGCGGUGGAGGAGAUGGCGGCGACGGCGCGGGAAGAUGGCGCCAGCGGUCGAGAGCGAGGGCAGCGGGGCUGCGAGCACUAUGACAGAGGAUGUCUCCUGAAGGCACCUUGCUGUGACAAGCUUUAUACUUGCCGCUUGUGUCAUGAUAACAAUGAAGAUCAUCAACUAGAUCGCUUUAAAGUGAAGGAAGUGCAGUGCAUAAACUGUGAAAAAAUUCAACAUGCCCAACAGACUUGUGAAGAAUGUAGCACAUUGUUUGGAGAAUAUUAUUGCGAUAUAUGCCAUUUGUUUGACAAAGAUAAGAAACAGUAUCACUGUGAAAACUGUGGAAUUUGUAGGAUUGGUCCAAAGGAAGAUUUUUUCCAUUGUUUGAAAUGUAACUUAUGUCUAGCUAUGAAUCUUCAAGGAAGACACAAGUGUAUUGAAAAUGUGUCCCGACAGAAUUGUCCAAUAUGUUUGGAGGACAUUCACACAUCCCGUGUUGUUGCUCAUGUCUUGCCAUGUGGACAUCUUUUACAUAGAACGUGUUAUGAAGAAAUGUUGAAAGAAGGCUACAGAUGUCCAUUAUGUAUGCACUCUGCUUUAGAUAUGACCAGGUAUUGGAGACAGCUGGAUGAUGAAGUAGCACAGACUCCUAUGCCAUCAGAAUAUCAGAACAUGACUGUGGAUAUUCUUUGCAAUGACUGUAAUGGACGAUCCACUGUUCAGUUUCAUAUAUUAGGCAUGAAAUGUAAGAUUUGUGAAUCCUACAAUACUGCUCAAGCUGGAGGACGUAGAAUUUCACAGGAUCAGCAAUGACGACCCUAUGCAGUACUGGAGAACUUGACAUUUUCUGAUAUAGAAAAAGGCUUUCCUUGGUAUCGUGUUAUCAUGUGUCAUCAUCUAUGCAUUAGAGUUGAUGUGUUUUGUACUAGUGUCACAGCAUAAAAUCAUAUUACAAGUACUUAAGGAUUCAGGGUCUCUUGAUAGAAUUAUCAUAGCUCUAUAUUGAAUGAAAGCCACUGUGCUUGUGUUUUGAUUGGAAAUUCCUUUAGUGUCAAUUUUUUGGAAGCCAAUGAUAUUCGCCACUGAUACAUUCAUAGAAGUGUAUUAUGUUUUCAUGAAAUUUUGCUUUAGGUGACACUAUGCACGCAGUUCAUUUCUAGUUCUUGAUAGAACUGCACUUAAUUCUCAGUAGUAUUCUUGACUUUUUAAGGGCUGUGCUAUAGUAAGUUCUCCCUUACUGUUAAAACCUAAUUAAAUAUGCUCUAGAAUUUUCUGAGAGUCCUCUGGAUCCUCUAAAUGUGAAUUUUGAUGUAAUAAUGGCUAAUAAAAUUAUAUUGAAACAGUGUUUUAUAGAAAGUUUUUUCCAAAGUUUUCUAUGUUUGGCUCAAUUAGGGCAGUAUCAUCAGCUCUAUAAUGUAAAAUAAAUUUUCUUUCUUUUGAGGUAUUCUGUAAAAGUAGUUGGGAAAAUUAUUAUGUAAAAUAAUAAGACUCUUCCAAAGCCUUAAUAAAAACAUCAACAUUGAAAACAGUUUUUUUUAGGUUGCCCAAAAUUAUUUCUUCAAAGAGUCAUUCAUUUAUUCAUUUAUUUAGCAAGUAUUUAUUGAGCAACUGCUAUGUGGCAAAUAUGUUUCUAGAUGCUGUAGAGACAACAGUGGACAAUAAAGAUAAAAGUCCUUGUCCUCACAGCAGUACAUCCUAGUGUUCAUCAUAUUUGAUCAGUGUACUCAUUUUCCUUUAUGCAAGGAGUAUAUUGUGAAUGAAUGGAAUAUUUCUUCCCUAAGCAUGUAAAAACAGGGGAUGGAUGAGUGAGAAGGCCAUGGGAUAUUCCUGGCAAGAUCUCUGAUUUCAUAGUACUUUUUUGGGCUUAUGUAAUGGAAUUAAAUAUACCUCUUAAUUCAGGAACAAAGUUAACAAAUGUGUUUGAUGAUCCAGCCGACUUUGACAGUAGUAUCUCCGUAAUAGCUUACAUUACAUUAGGCUAGGAAGUAAAAUGUACACACAUCAGUUGAUAAGUACCUAUUGAGCACCAGUUGUAUUUCCAACUUUGAACUAUUUGAAUCUUCUGUGAAUAAGAAAGUUAGCCUUUUAACUAGAAAGCCUAAGAGUUCGGGCACAUUUAUUUCUUCUUUUGUUGAAAUUUAUUCACCUGGAUAAAGGCAGCAGUUUGGGGCUCAGAUCUUUAUUCUAUCUCACCUUCUUGUCUUCUAUAUUCUACUCUUCUUAGAUUCUUUCCCUUCAUCUGUUUCCUUGGCCUGGCCAGAGCAGCAGUACUGAUCUUGAUUUGGGAAAGGAUGUUCCUGGGUAUUACCAAUUAGUACACAGAUAAGGAAAGACUAGUUUUCCAGAUCUGAUACUUUUUUUUGAAGUGGUUUUGCUCUGUCAUUUAGGCUAGAGUGCAGUGAAGUGAUCAUAGCUCACUGCAGCCUUGACUUCUUGGGCUGAACUGAUCCUUCCACCUCAGCCUCCAGAGUAGCUGGGACUACAGGUGUGUGCCAUCAUGCCCAGCUAAUUUUUAAUUGUUUUGUAGAAACAGAGUCUCAGUGUAUUGUCCAGGCUGGUCUUGAACUUCUGGGCUCAAGUAGUUCUCCUCCCUCGGCCUCCCAAGGGCUGGGAUUACAGGCAUGAGCCACUGUACUUGGUCCAGAUGUACUACUUUUUAUAUUUGGUAUUCUGCCAAACCAAUCAUGUUAUUGCUUUUAAUCAUUGAAUCAUUGGACCUUUAAAUAGGAGUGAGUGUAUAAUAAUAAGGCUCUUCUGUUUUCAACAUCUAUGUGCUAGGGUCAUGCAUUAGCAUUAAUUACUACAGUGAUUCUGUGGUGUAAGUGUUGUCCUCAUGAGAAAGCUGAGGUUUAGAGGUUAAAAUGACAUGUUGGGGGUAAAUAACAGACACUAUGUGUUGGAGUUGGGAAUCAGAUCCAAGUUUGUGACUCCAAACCCACUUUUACCACAUUGCUUUUGACCUAAACUUCCAUUUUGCUAAAAUACCCCUCACAGCUAGUCAUCUAUAUCAUUGAAGAGCUCAUGAUUUGAUAGAUUAACCUUUAAUUUUUAGGUGACUCUAGUUAGAAAGUCUUAUUUCACAAUCUGAUUGUUUCUUUAACUCAGGAUCCAAACAUGUCCAAAAUAAUGCAGAAUACAUAUGCGGUCACUCAUUCAUGCUAUCCAGUCAUGUAGUUGAAGCAAUUUUCAAAUGCGCUCAAAGUCUCUAGGCUUCCGUACCCAGGGUUGCUUCGAGUAUUUGUUCAUGAGAUGCCAACUUGAUGAUGAAAAUCCUUCAACAAUUCUCAUUCACAAUCAGAAUAAAAUCUACGUCCCUUACCAUUCCGAAUGCAAUACUUAAAAUGCAUAAUCUUACCCUUAAAUACUUUUUCUGAUUUCAUAUAGGUUAUACCUCUGUAAGAAAGGUAAAAAACUCUGAACAAUCCUUUCUUCCAGAGAUAACUACUGUUAACAUUUGAAUAGACAACUGCAUUCUUCUUUUCCUGUUCUUUUUAUAAUGCUUACAGGAAUGUUAAAUACUUAGAUCUUAAGUACACUAGAAUUAUCUGUCCCUGAAAUAAGUCAGGUUGCCCUGCCACAGAAUUUGUAUCUGUAGUUUACUUGUAUUAUUUUUGAAAAAAGUAAAAUAACAAUACCUUUGUGAAUUUUUUGGUGCAUAGCAUCUCAGCUUCUUUUAUUAUUAAAGAUGUAUGUAUCAAAAAAAUAAGUAUAUCAAGUUGUUCAUUUCUUAGUUUCUGGGGUCUUCUUAACCGGUACAUAGAACUCUGUAUGAAUUAACUUUAGCUUAUGUUUGAAGAAGUUUGUUUAUAGUGUCAUAGGUUUUAAAAUCAAACUCAGUUUUUAUUUCUUCACCAAAAUCUAUUUUCAUAUUAUAUACAUAUUAAAUUUCCCUUUUAUUUUGGUCAUGCAUCAAAAUAAAUUUACUAAGUACUAAAGAACCAACUUAUUUUAUAAGUGCCUGGCACUUAAUAGGUAUUCACUAGUUGAAUAGUUUAAUUUGAAAUGAAUUAAUUUUAAAUGGGAGUUGUUCAAAACUAUGCCACUUUAUUUUUCUUUUUUCCUUUGUGUUAUUAAAAUUUUAAUUGAUGAUUGUAUAUAUUAUAUAUAUGGAGUACAAUGUGAUGUUUUGAUAUAUGUUUACAUUGUAGAAUGAUUAAAUCAGUGUAAUAAA